AUGGAUAUGAAAUUUCGACAGUUUCUAUUACUUCUAUUGGAUGAUUUAUCUGAUGUUGACCGAUGUCGAUUACAAUUUGUUCUUGGAAAACAUAUACCAAGACGUUUAAGAGAAUCAAAUAGUAUUGAAAAUACACUUCAAAUAUUUGAACAUUUAAUUGAUAAUGGACAAAUUUUUACUUGUCUUAUUGAAGCUUUAUCAGCUUGUGGAAGAAUAGAUUUGUCAGAAAAAUUAAAAAAUUUUGAAACAACAUGUUCUAUGUCAAUAACUCAUCCACAUCAACAAUCAUAUAAGGAAAUGACAAUAACACAAUUAACAUUAGAUGACACAGCAGAUGAUGAAGAAGAUUCGGGUUUUUCAUUUUUUAAAAUUUUUUCUAAAAGUCGUUGUCUUUUUAAUUUACCACAUUUUGUUACAUUUCAUUUUGAUAAAGCUACGCCAGAAAAAAGCAGAUAA